GGGGGAAAGGCCCGACUAGCUUUCUGGUAGGUUGUCUUGUCCAUAGGCAUCUAUUAUACCUUGGGAUAUGAAUAGAGUACACUUUGAAAUUUGGUCUGUUCCAGUUGCGUCCUACUGAUUGCUCGAAUGGGGACAUAAAGGAAGCGUCUCAUCGAAGAGUGCCCGCACCAAAACGCCCGAUCCGCUGACAUAUUCUGGACUCCCUCUCAUAUUUACUCGACACAUACUGUGUGGUUUGGAGUUGCAUUCACCAACGAUCAACAUCCAGCAGACAGCCUAUACGACGCACAAUAUGAGUGGUCGACCGCGAGGUGGCCGGGGUGUCAGUGGUCGAGAUGGCAAAGAAACGGACCUUGAAAACGACCUGCUAAGCCGAGCAAUCGAAAGCCUAAGAAAAGCACAGAGCUACAACGACCAGUCCAAACAGAUAGGACUGGAGAUUAUUACACUGGAGGAAGAUAUCAAGGCAAACGGUCAUUCUACCCCUGACAACCACCGGAGACUCGAUGCUCUCUAUCGGGAAAAUCUCAAAUGCGCCGAGAACGAAAAGAAGGUCCAUGACGAUGAGGACAUUAUUAACAAUCUUGCCAUUCUUGCGACCAUGAAGUCCACAGAUGACCUUGCUCCUAGAAAUGGCCAAGGCAAGUCUCGCAAAAAUCAAAGGCCUAUCGUCGAGUCAGACAUUGUGGUUGAGUCGCCCGGACCCAGCCCUGGAGAUGGUCGGCUGGAAAUGAUGAAGCGCGUCAAGGGUGCCACACAACGCAGUUCCAGCACAGCUAGCCAAAACCGAGCCACCUCUAGCACCAAGGAUGACGGUGUGGAGCCGCACAAAGGUCUUCAAGCAGAGAAAGCUGGCCAGCUUGUUGCUGGCACAGAGGUGUUUUACAAAUACCCCAGAGAUCUACAAGAACAAGAAGAGGGAGUUGGUAUUCAUGGUAUCAUUAAGAAGGUAUGGCUGGAGAAGAAGCCCAUCCAGUACGACGUCAGAGAUCCUGAGGACGACCCUUCAGGAAAGCAGACCGUGCGAAAGACGACGGCGAGGGAUCUUGUCCCAAUCCCUCAGACAAACGCAACAAGUUUUCAGUUCCCCACUGGCGCAAACGUGUAUGCAAAGUAUCCCGACACCGAUACGUUCUAUCGAGCCAAGGUGAAAAGCUUCCAAAAGACCAUGUAUAGUUUGAAGUUCGACGAGGAUGAUAAGGAGAUGCUCGUUGACGUGCGAUUUGUGCUGGAUCCGAGAAUGAGAUGAUGCUGGGAGUGAUGAUACAUGUCUGGUAGUCAACGCCUUGACCAGCCUUCCUUGAACACGAUUAUGAGUACAGAAAUUACCUCGAAG